GUCGUCAUAUUCAGAGUUUUCAACCCUUAUAUCAUUUGAAAUACUGCUCACUUGAAGGAGUAUACCGAAAGUUAACCAAUGUCAGAGCGAGAUAUUACAAUGCCCAAAGCAUUUCUAGUAAAAAACAACAGAAAAGGCGGAGUUCCAACAAAAUCUGAAGUCGAAGAACCGGUCCUUGAUCAGCAAGUUCCAUACUUUUACCAUCCUCUUUAUUAUCCACCGACCGAUUACUGUAAUACAUACAUUCCUUCGAUAUGGCCAAGACAUUACCCGGAUAUAAACUCGUGGAACAAUUACCAUGAAAAACCUAAUAACUUUGCUAAUAGCUCUGCUAUUCCUGGAUUAAAUCUUCCGCAACCCUUAAAUCUUGGACCACAAAUUGCGGCUCCUUUUUCACACAAUCCGUUUAGUCUUAACAACCAACCAAUCAACCAACAGCAAGCAAAUGUUGCUAAUUUAUUUCAAAACCAUCACGUACAAUCGGAUCAAAGCUUUCAAAUUUCGCAGUUUAUACAUCAGCAACAACAUCAAAAUUUUGUACAACAGCAAGACCAAUAUGUCAACGAACAAGAAAAAGGAAAACGCGAUUUAUAUAACGAAAUAUUUGACCUUGACAGUAAUGCAAGCAAAAAGUCUCAUCACAUGUUAUUACCCAAUACUAUAGCAAACUUAGGAAAUAUUAAACAAGAAAUGAUGGAUAACGAUGACGUGUUAUCUACAGACUCUUCAAAUGCUUGCAGCGAAAGUAGUUCAAAUGCAGUUGUUGACAAUAUUAUUAAUAGUGCAAUCUCUCCAACAAUGGUUAAAAAUGAACAAAUGAAAAACUUCCCUCCUAAAAAUCUUAACGAUUUAUCUCCUAAAAAUGAAGAUGGGGGAGACAAAAUAUACCAAUGCGAGUUCUGCAAUAAAAACUUUACUAGAUCUUGGAACUACCAGCGUCACGUUUUAAUACAUUCAGGAAGAAAACCACACAAAUGCGAAAUUUGUCCAAAAGCUUUUGUAUUAGCAGCUCAUUUGAAAAUCCAUAUGCGUAUACAUACAGGAGAAAAACCAUACAAAUGCACAGUUUGUGGUCGCGGUUUCGCGCAACUGACUAAUCUUCAGCGGCACGUGUUAACCCACACAGGACAAAAACCACACAGGUGUCAACAUUGUAAUAAAGGAUUUGUAUCAUCAAGUGAUUUAAGAAGGCACAUACGAAUUCACACAGGAGAAAAACCUUACCAAUGCCAAGCCUGUUCAAAAGCGUUCACCACUUCUGGUAAUCUUCAAAGCCACGUUCUUACUCAUACAGGGGUUAAACCAUACAGUUGUUCAACUUGCAAGUGGAAGUUUAUAAGUAGUUCAAACUUGCGUACUCACAUCAGAACUCAUCAUUGCAAUGAAGAUAAUCAAAUGGUGCCUGAAAACCUGGGUGUCCCUACACCUCUUGGUCAAGAAGAAAGGGUUUAUUUACCGUCUGUAGUUAAAUCGGGCUGAAAUAUUCAUCAAUGUUUUUUAACUAUUUAUUACUGGUUAUAUAGUUUUAUGAGUUUUAUACUUAUUCAUAUAUAAGUAAUAAAUUUUGUUCAAGAAUUCAUUGUGAAUGACGCUGGUAGCGUUUGUGGAUGCUAACAAAAACUAUUAUGUCCUUCAAUUAAAUUACGAUUAUUUGUUUAAUAUCUAUAUUAUUAGAACUUUGUGAUGUUUGAUUGCAGCCUUUAAUUUGACCUUUCAAGUGUUUUUGAAAUAUUGUAGUCGCAAGAAA